AUGGCGAGCUGGACACGUGCGGAAGACAUUAUUCUACACACACAUGUGCUAAACCACGGUAGAAAUGAUUGGGAGCUGUUACGCAACGCACUACCUGAGAGAACUACUAGCGCGUGCAGUCACCGAUGGGGUCGCAUUGCUAAGGGUAUACGGUCGCCGGAGGACUACCCGUUUAUAGAAGAAGAAAAUAACAUUAUCCUCCGCGAGUUUCAGAAGGAGGAAAAUAGCUGGAAGAAAAUGGAAAAGCUCCUCAUCAUCCGAUCGAGUCAAGACAUUGAAAAUCGGUUCAAAAACCACCUAAGGAAUGUAGUAGCUGAACUGGACACAGAUGAGGUAUUCGAUACAAUGCGCGGAGCCCAGGAUAUAGUUCUCGUUAAGGAGGGACCCGUGGUUACAACUGAGUUACCAGAUGCAGUGCUGGGACCCGCGGAGGUAGAGAAACCCGCGGAUGUAGAGAAACCUGCGGAUCUACUUCAGUUUUUCAUUGGCAACCCGCCUCCUACCGGCCUUCGAUCGGCACGGAGAAGACGUGGUUUCUGA